CUUAAUGAAAAGAUAUAUCCCGCAAUGAUUUAGUUCUUGUGUGCCGCAACUCUGUCAUUUGUUAGUCAUGAUUUAGAAUUGCGGGCUGAUCGGCCCCUCAAUAUCCUUCCCGGCUGGUUCCCGAACUCUUCCCCCGCAAAUCCCUAGAUUAAGUUAGCAUCAGCGACUGUGACGUCGGGCUCUCAUUCCAACUUCAUUCCAGAGCUUUCCCUUCUUUGCAAAGUGACGAUAUUAUCCCAGAUUCAGCGUGCUACAGUUAAUCAUCAUCUAUGAAUACGUGAGACAGAAUGUAUGAGUCGCAAGUUACUUUUACGCUGGACACUAUAUGUCCCUGGACAUACAUGGCCAAGAAAAGACUAGACCAAGCACUCGCAAAGUUCCGCUCCUCCCCCAUGGCCUCCUCCGUCUCUUAUACCCUCCACUUCGCCCCCUACCAGCUCAACCCAAACUUCCCUCCCGAAGCAGACCGCCUGCAGUGGUAUCUCGACAACAAGCACUUCGGCGACGCCACCACCCAGCAGGUCUUCCAGGCUCACAUGACCAACAUCGCCGAGCCCCUCGGCGUCGCCCUGCGCUUCGACGGAUACAUGGGGAACACCCUGCACGCGCACCGCGUGGUGCAGUAUUUUCAGUCAUCCAAGGGCCCUGAAACGGCGAAUAAGCUGAUUGAUGCGCUGUAUGAGCGGUACUUUGAGAGGGGAGAGCAUCCUUCUAGGGAUGAGGUUUUGAUAGGGGCGUGUGUGGAGGCGGGGAUUAGUGAGGAGGAGGCGAGCAAGGUUGUGGGUGAUAAGGAGAUUGGGUUGGCGGAGGUCAAGGCGAAGCUGAGGGAGGUGAGCCGGGAUGUUGAUGCGGUGCCGGUUGUGAUGGUGGAGGGGAAGAGGAGGGAUAUUACGCUGACGGGGGCGAAGGAGGUGGAGGAGUAUGUGAAGACGCUGGAGAAGAUUGCCAACGAGAGUACCUGAAUGAAGUAUUUUGUGAUAUGGGAGCCAAGAACAUUGUGAGUAGAGUGAUUAGAGUACUAAGAGUUUAAACACUAAUAAUACUAAAUGAGAGACUGUGUAAUGAUCG